AGUUCAGUUGAUUCACAGCUUAGAAUGACAGUCAUGGCCUCUCCCUCGCAGUCUUGCAGAGUAACGGACUCACGUUCUGGCAUCUGGGGUCCUGCCCGCCCCGGAAGGGGCGUUACCUUCAACGUGGUGAUUGGCAGGCGAGAGGACCAAUCAGCUAAUCUCAAGGAUUUUUAAACACUAAUAACUUUUUUUUUCAUCGAUGGGAAAUAUCCUCGGCGCUGGCUCAGCGAAGGAAGACUGUGAGUAAGAUGACCACAAAUCACAGCGAUACAUGGUAGCGUGCUUUCUAAAAUCAAUAUAUAGCGCAGACAGGAAGUGGUCAAGAUGAGACUUUUAAUUAUAUAGAUUAGUAAUUGCCCCAAUUAGGGGCCGGUAUGUAGGAGCCAUUAAGCUUGUCAGUAUUAUUAUCAUAUCUGAUAUUUUUAGUUUUAGUUUUUAUCUGCGAGUACUUUUGUAGGUGGGACUUGAUAUGUAGUAAGGGUGUGUUCUUUUGUUUGUAGAGUCCGGCGCAGACUCUCAGACUAGAAGUUUCAGUUUGGUGUCGGAGAAUGAGGGGAAAUAGUUUUCUACCAUAAAUUCUUAAGGGCUUGGACAGGCUAGAUGCAGGAAGAUUGUUCCCGAUGUUGGGGAAGUCCAGAACAAGGGGUCACAGUUUAAGGAUAAGGGGAAAAUAUUUUAGGACCGAGAUGAGGAAAACAUUUUUCACACAGAGAGUGGUGAAUCUCUGGAAUUCUCUGCCACAGAAGGUAGUUGAGGCCAGUUCAUUGGCUAUAAUUUAAGGGGGAGUUAGAUGUGGCCCUUGUGGCAAAAGGGGUCAGGGGGUAUGGAGAGAAGGCAGGUACAGGAUACUGAGUUGGAUGAUCAGCCAUAAUCAUAUUGAAUGGUGGUGCAGGCUCGAAGGGCCGAAUGGCCUACUCCUGCACCUAUUUUCUAUGUUUCUAUGAUCACGACACACACAUGUUACGAGAUGACAUACCUCAUCAUCAUCAUCAUCAACCUUUAUUGUCAUCUUGCAAAGCAACAGUUGUACAGUGCAAAAUGAGAAGAUGUUUCCCAGGGAAUACCAGAGCAUCGCACAUAAAACUUAAACAUUUCACACAUAAACGCCUGGAAGAUUAAUCUUUGCUGUCUUAUGUGUGAGUACGUUAGGCUAUAACUCCGAAUCGUCUCUGAUAAUUAAUGGCUAUCGAAGUUGGACUUUGAGAAUGUUGUAAAAACUGCCAUUAUAGAAGGAAUGGGUGACGUCGAGACCUUUCUUCACACUGAUGCAAUAGAAAUUGGACCCAGCAUCAGUCAAUGCCUCAGGUAGUACUUUGAGAAAUAGUACUUUCUAAUAUUAGCAAAUACAUACAAUGGAUAAUAAAAUAUGUAAAAACGAAUUUUCCACAAAUCAUUUGUAAUAAUUACAAAAAUAUGUAUAUUUUUCUUACAUCUUUCACUUGUUUAGUCUGCUGUGCAGUAUGCUGAUAUAAAAAGGAAAUUGACUAUUAAUGUCCUUAAACUCCCUGUUCAGAGUACAAGAAUUCCCAACUGUGACCCUGUCCUCACGUUUCCUUCUUUUCUUGGGGGAAAAAAAACCUCUCCUUGUCCAUUGCCAUCCUUCUUUGAAAUGCAUGACACAUGGCUAAUAUUUUACUUAAAAUAAAUAUACUCGCAUGUUACAAACCACAAAGUCUUCACUACCCACACCCAACUCCAGUUUGUCAAUGAAACACAGAAUCCCUCAGUGCACUUUGUCUCAUCAGGGAGAAGUACAUUAUAUUAGCGUUGGUGUUCAAAUAUAUAGGAAUACUAGCCACUGAUGAAAAUGACAUUUGAGAUAAUUAAGAAUCUAAUUAGGACUCAAUCUGAUAUUUUCCGAAGUUUGGGCAAGUGGAAGGAUAAAAAGUACAUCAAUGGACAUUUCAAUUCCAUCCAAACGAUGCCUCAGAUUUACUGCCAUGAAACAACCAAUCUGACCCAACCGUACGUCAGGAAACACUGAUUAAUUUGGUGACAUCACAUGAAAGGUCCCCUUAAUUAGGAGAUAAUUUGCCCAAGCUGUUUUAUGGCGCAUUCAGAGGAAAGCUUUUGAGUUUAUCAGUGCAUUGGAGCUAUGGUCUCACCCAUGGUCUGCAAAUACCUGGACGGUAAUACUAGCUUUGUAACCAAUAUGUGCAGCAUUAGAAUUUGGAGUCGCAGCGUAUUCCGCAUUUUGAUCUGUCUGUUGGAACUUGUAGCAUUACAUGGAGGUGCCGCGGUGCGUGAAGAGCCUGGUGGUAGGGAAGGGAGGGACUUGGGUCCUUUAAUCGAGAUGUUGGCUGGGAAGGUCAGCCCCCUCCCUCCACUGCUCUCCCGACAGAGAGAAGAUGACCAACGCAUGGAAUACAUGGCUAGCCUUUACAAACAGUCGGCCGAUCCGAACGGGAAUCCUAAAACCAACCGAACCACCAAGACGAACACCAUUCGCCUGGUGAAGCCCAGUUCCAGUACCUUAAUCGCCAACACAGGUAGUUAUUACUUCGAGAAACUUAAAGUCCUAGUUAAAAAUCACUUAAGUUACUUUGUUUAUUGUCACUGGCACGUCCAUCACAUUGAAUACAAUCUGCAGUAUAUUCCAGAGCUGGAACACUUGAUUAAAGUUGCAGUUAUUUAUUUGCACAGUGCUCUUCCUAAUCACUUCAAGGUUUUUUGUGAGAUCAAAUGCCUUCUUGCAAAUUAUGUUGACGCAAAAUUCCUACAAAAUGCCACGUCCACAGAAAUACCCAUCAAAUUUGUGUUAAAGAUGCAUGACCAAUGGGCAGAAGCUGAUGUAACCCCGUGUGUGUAUUUCCCAUCUGGCAGUUCUGUGAAGAAAGUUGAUCUGAACAUCAGUUACAAGUGUGCUGAUCUAGGAAACAUUGGUCAAGCACCUCUGGACAAGAGUGCCAUCCAUCUCCAAGUACCUUCACUGCUGUUGUACUUAAAUGAUACUGACGAGACUGCUCACCAAAGGAGGGAGAAACAGAAGAAGCAACUUCUAGAGAAGCCUUCCGGAUCCCGUACACUAUCCAGGAAGCCUCGGCAAUUAAGUAACAUUGGCUCAGACAUUCCUAACUUACUCCAUAAAAGAAACCCUCCUCGGAACAACUGCAAACUCCAUUCGUUCUGGGUAAGCUUUGAGCAAUUGGGAUGGGAUCACUGGAUUGUGGCUCCUCACAAGUACAAUCCCAAAUUUUGCAAGGGUGACUGUCCUAGAAUUCUCCAUUAUGGUUACCACUCUCCAAACCAUGCAAUAGUCCAAAAUUUUAUCAAUGAAAUUGUUGAUAAAAAUGUUCCCCGUCCAUCUUGUGUUCCCUCAAAAUACAGCCCCAUUAGCGUUCUUAUGAUGGAACAAAAUGAUCACAUUGUGUACAAGGAAUAUGAGGACAUGAUUGCUGUUUCUUGUACGUGCAAAUAGUAGCAUUGCCAUUUUGUGCCACAUGUUUAGAAUUCAGGAAAUUAUCAGUGCACUGCAGUUAGUUACUCGAGUUGAUUGUUACAAUGUUCAAUGCUAUGCUACUACAUCUAUUGCAUUUAUUCAAGGAAAGUCAUUCCGUGACUGGCUCUUGGGUGUAAUUUAUUUGUCCUGUCAAUUAUAAGUAACUUGCCUAAUUCAUAGUGCAAUUGUGCAUCCACAGUAUUAACACUAUCCCCUCAAAGUAAAAGGAUCUUAAAGCGUGAUCUUGCAGUGAAUGACCCACUAUUGCAGCUGGGGGAAAUGUCCCAAGCGUGUAGAAUAUU